AUGUACUAUGUUGGGCUUGCCAAGAACGAGACGACUUGGCACGGGCGCGUGUGCCUAGCAGAAAGCACGAAUGGCGUUGACUGGGUGAAGCCAGAGGCGGGCGUUGUCAGUUUCCGGGGUUCCACUGCCAAUAACAUUGUCAUGCAGGACACGCUGCCCGUGUUUGCUGUGGCUGUUUUGCACGAGCCAUCAGACAAACAAACAGAAAGAAGAUUCAAGGCCCUCCUCAAGGUCAAGGAUGCCGCCGGGCAGAUGACGGUGCUGGCAACCUACAGCAGCGACGGGGUGCAUUGGAGCCCUGGGCGCGACGUGGGGCUGCAGGUCGAUUUCUGCGGCCUCAUGCGCAGGCACGGCUUCUACUACCUGACCGGUCACACUGGCGCCAAGAAUGGUGCUCGCAAGCUGCAGGUGUUCAUGACCGCCGACUUUGACAGCUGGCCGGCGGCGUCCGCGGUCGGCUUCUGCCGCACGCCCCCGGGCUCCUACGACCCGGAGCGCGGCAGCGCUGGCGAGCAGGUCCACCAGGGCGCCGCGCUUUGGGACCGCGGCUCUGUCGUGGUGGGCGUGUACGGCCAGUGGCACGGCAGCGAGACCAACGACCGCCGCCUGGUCUCGAUCGACCUCGGCCUCAUCCCGAGCACGGACGGCCUGCACUUUCACGAGCCAGUCCCACAUUUUCGCUUGGUCUCAGCUGCCGAGGACGAUGCCGAGGUGCCGCCAGCUCCGUUCCGCAUGCGCGUGCCAGCCCUCAUGCAGGGCCAGGGAUUUGCCAACGUCGGGGCCCAGACGUUGUUCUGGUACGCCCCCUGGCCCGAGAUAAACAGCGAUGGGGUGCGGCUUGCCACUUGGGAUCGCGAUCGCCUCGGCUACCAGUCUGCUAUAGCUAACCUGCCGGAUCCCCAUCUCGUGUCCACAGCCCUCGAUUCGCAGCCCGAAAUAUUGACGGUGUGGGCCAACUUCACGUGCACGCCCUAUAGCCACCUCCGUGUCGAGCUGCUCUCCGAGUGCUUCAAGCCACUGCCCGGCUUCUCUGGGGCCGACGCAUGCUGCAUCCACAACGGAGGUCUCGAAGUCGCAGUAGUGUGGUCUACCCCUCUGUCUUCGCUCUCGGCAGCCUUGACCGGCCAAGGGCGGGUGCGCGUGAAGAUAUCAUUUUGCGGCAUCCGCCGCGAGGAUGCGCGCUUCUACGCGCUCUACGUGAAGCGAUGCCGUGUGCCAGCUGGUUGA